GAUUCAAUUGACCUAAUGGCUGUCCAAAAUUGUAUUCUUUCAAAAAUGCCACCAGGCUACAAAUUUUUACCUACUGAUGAAGAGUUAAUAACUCAUUAUUUGAUGAACAAAGUUUCUGAUCAUGAGUCUCUUCCUCCUCAUGAUUUUCAAGAAAUUGAGGACAAUGAACUCCAUAGCAAGCCUCCAUGCAAUCUUGUGAAGUAUUCGUGCGGAGAAAGAGAGUGGUACUUCUUUAUUCACAUAGGCGAAGAGGAGUUUGUCGACGACGAAGGAAAUAAAAGAUCGUCGAUUAGAAUUGUUGGAGAGGGAUUAGGGUUUUGGAGAGCAAACGGGCAAGAACAACCUAUUUUUAAUUGUGAUGGGGAUGUGUUUGCAUUCAAAAUCCAGUUUACUUAUUUUUCAGGAAAUUCUCCAAAAGAUGCUAGAAAAACACAUUGGAGGAUGGAUAUUUAUCGAUUACCUAGUGGUCAAUUUCACAGAGAAAAUUGCAAUUGCAAGGGAAAGGAGUGGGUACUAGGAAGGCUUAAAAGAGGAAUGAGCUACAAGAACUAUUUCUAAUUUCUUUUUUUUUUCUAUCGCAAACAAUUUCUAAAUUUCGCAAAACUACAUCUAAAUUUCUUAAACACUCGUGUUAAUUUUUUAGCAUCAUAGACACGAGUUUGUUGCUAUUUAUUAUUAUUAGUAGUACAGUUAUCAAUUCAUAUA